ACUCUUUACACAUCUAGUCCCUUCAAUAAUGGAAGCUACAAGGUAAUGUCGCCGACCUUACUCUCUUUCCUCCAUUUUUCCCCUUAAAAAGAUAAAUAAAUUAUAAUUAUUAAUUUAUUUAUUUUCUCUUCCUUUCCGCCCAAGUAAUCCACAAUUCUAGAUAUUCAAAGGGUUGAAUUUCUCACAAACUAUAAAUAUUUUCAUUAAUUUAGUUGAUGAAUUUCACCUCUAUCUCAGUCUAAACGCCGUCGUCUUGUAAUCUCCGCUUCUUCGUUUUCCUCCUCCGUUAUCUCUGUAUACUUUUUGCCUCUUCCUCCGUGACGGCGAUAAAGACGACGGCGUUUGAUUUAUGAAAAGAGGAGGUGAAUUAGAUUAGCUUUUAAGUUACCUUUGUUCAAGGGGAAAUUUGUUGACUCGACAUCAACAUUAUGGAGACAACAUGCUUCUGCCAAAAUGGCCACUCAUCGAGGAAUUUGGUUUUGCAGUUCAUUCUCCAUGAUAUGGCUUCUCAGAAUUUCAUUAUGACAGACCCGUGCGAUUCUAGUCUAGGAUUUAGUCUCUCUGUUAAGUACUUGUAAAUAGUAGCUGCCUGUAGAUAAAUGGAGUCAAACUGGGUUGAAGUGUUAGAUAAUGGCCGUAGGACAGCUGCAGUCGACUCAAAAAGUAAAGUAGCAUCUCAGUAUGUGGCACGUAUAGUUGGAGCUGGCACUGAGAAUCCGGAGGAGCUAUCAUUUCAACCAAACUGUAGCUCAUUUUAUAGCAAGCUUGGUAAGAGGAAAAGGACACUAGACGGUGAGUCUAAUUGCAGAUCACAUCUCAGGAAAUCGACUCUUAAGAACUACUCAAACUUCAUGAGAAGUGGACUGCCACAACGUGUUCUAUUCCAUCAGAAUGGUGAAUGGAAUGAUUUCCCUCAAGAUAUUGUUCGCAUAGUCAAAGAGGACUUCCGCUCAAAGAAGGCUGUGAUUGAGGUGAACUUCGGUGGCUUUCACGUAAUACUUGAUAUUCUCUAUAUGGUUCAGGUAAAUCUGGUAACUGGUUUAGAGAAACCUAUCGCCUGGAUAGACGAAGCAGGUGGCUGUUUCUUCCCCGAUUUAGGUCUCAUCAGUUCCAAAACGCAUGAUUACUUUGAAAUCUGCUCACAGAGAACUGAAAGUGCUGCUGAGCCAGAUAGGGCAACUAAAAUCAAGUUGCAUCUUGAAAUAGACAUUAAUAGACCUAAUAAUUGCAAUUUGGAAGAAUGUGUGGAAGAGUCAAAUGUCGGUUUUAAAAGGAUUAAAAUCCAUUCUUUUAAAGAUAAUCAAGAAUUUGCUGUUGAUCAAAACUCAGAUCCUAAAAUGGAUGUAGUUGAAGAAAAUCAACAGAAUCAGGAAAGUCUGUCUCCUAAAUUAGAAGAUACACUUAAGUUGGUGGAUGAAGAAUCUGUUAAAACUAUGUUUGCUAGGGGAAUGAAUACCAUAUCUAUGGUGGAUAUGGUCAAUGUUAGUCAAUGCUCAAGUAAAUAUAUGAGAAAUCGCUUGGAACUGUUCGAGAAGCAGGUUGAGAUAACCCAAAAGUACCGUGGGAAAUCCAAUGUUCGGUAUGCUUGGCUUGCCGCUUCUAAAGAGGUAGUAUCUACAAUUAUGAACUACGGCCUUAUGCAUGGGGUGCGGGGACUGAAGGCUAAUCUUGGAGUAGGAGUGCACCUCAUUGCCCUGGACUAUGCCUCUAAAAGUGCCGCUAGCUGUGAUAUUGACGAAAAUGGCGUUCGUUACAUGGUUCUUUGUCGUGUCAUUUUGGGCAAUGAAGAACUUUUGCAUUUUGGCUCUCAGCAAUCUUAUCCGAGCAGCGAGAAAUAUGAUAGUGGUGUUGAUGAUCUGGAGAUUCCUACUUAUUAUACCAUUUGGAAUAUGAAUAUGAACACACACAUAUAUCCAGAGUAUGUUGUGAGCUUCAAGAUGUCUUCAGGAGCUGAAGGGGUUCCAAUAAAGGAAGAAAGUAGGUUUGAUGUCUCCGGAGUUACUACCCAGGGAUCUGAGGAACAGUUGGACUUGAAUAAAUUGCCUAUAGAAUUGGGGAAUCGUCAGCAAUAUCAAUUUGUAGGAGACGUUCCGCAAUCCCACAGUGUUGGUGUGGGUACAAAUAAAGCCCCCAAAUCCCCCUGGAUGCCUUUCUCUAUGUUAUUUGGAGCUAUUUCAGCUAAAGUGUCUCCAAAAGAUCUGAAAUUGGUUCAUGCACACUAUGACUUGUUCAGGAGCAAGAAAAUUUCCCGAACUGAUUUCAUUAAAAAGCUGAGGGUGAUAGUGGGUGAUCAGUUAUUGAAGUCUACCAUAACCAAUCUCCAAUGCAAGGAAUGCUUACAAGUUCGGCGGCGGAUUACAGUGAAGGCAUGAUGGAAUUGGAAAUCAUUCCUUGUAUUGGUACUCAUCCACUAAAUGUCAAUGGAUGAGAUUAUGCGAACAUAAGAACAAGAGUGGUCAUUUCAAUGACCUUGAGAUAGUUUAGAAUCUAAAUGCUAGAUUACAUAGACGUCUUAUUAUGGUACACAUUUUUUGGUCUUCUCUUUGUUGUCAUCUUCUCUGUGGUCUCUUUUGGCUUCUUUAUGUGGUGUGAUUUAUGUAACCUACUCGUGGUAAAUACUACUAUAUGGAUAUGCAGGCUACUGAAUGAAUUGUAUAAAAUGGUUCUUGCGGUUUUAAGAUUCUGUCCUUGUGUUUGCAGCCGCCGUCUACAUCUCCAUGUUUUUUGAAUGUGCCGAGUGGGGAGAGUAAUUGCUGAGGCUGUACCAGAAAGGUGGUUUUCUGCUUGGUGGCCAAGAGUGUUACUUUUUAACAAUCGUCAUCUUCGUCUCGCUAGCUUCUCUUUUUAUUUUCUGGGUUAUGUAGGUUGCAUUUCUUUGAAUAUUUUGUGAUUAGAUACAGUAUGUCAAGACUCGUCCCUUUCGUUCUAUAUGUGAGACUUUCAUUCUCUUUUAUCUGUAAUGGAAAUAAUUUGUGCAUGGCAGAA